CGUUGCGAGCGCACAGUUCGUCAUACUCUGAUAAGUCUAUAUCAACGUUCCAUUAGACGUCAUGUCCGGUCGUGGCAAAGGCGGCAAAGUCAAGGGAAAGGCAAAGUCCCGUUCCAGUCGUGCUGGACUCCAAUUCCCCGUGGGACGUAUCCAUCGAUUGCUUCGCAAGGGAAAUUACGCUGAGCGCGUCGGCGCCGGGGCGCCUGUGUAUUUGGCUGCGGUGAUGGAGUAUUUGGCCGCUGAAGUUCUUGAAUUGGCUGGUAACGCUGCUCGUGAUAACAAAAAGACUAGAAUUAUCCCGCGACAUUUGCAACUGGCAAUCCGCAAUGACGAAGAGUUGAACAAGCUUCUUUCGGGAGUUACUAUUGCUCAAGGUGGAGUUCUGCCGAACAUUCAGGCUGUUCUUCUGCCAAAGAAGACCGAGAAAAAGGCGUAAUGCGUCUAUUGGUUACACCUUAUAAACCACCGGCCCUUUUCAGGGCCACC